GCUAAAAGCAACCAAUUCAUACCCACCAACUCCAAAAGAGCUGAUAUCUGGCUGAUGGAACAUGGGGGAGAGCUGUGAAUAGCUGACUAGAUGCAUAAUCCCAUCAAUGAGGAAAAAGGAAACAUGCAUGAAAACUGCACUGCGACCACAGCAGCCUACAAUGACUCAGUCACCACCCAAAACACGAGCACGAUUCUUCAGUGUGAUCAGCCUGGAAGGGUAGCCUACCCUCUCUUCAUAGUGAUCUACAGCAUACUGUUUCUGGUUGGCCUAAUACUCAACAGCGUCAUUUUGUGGUUUCACUGCUGCCGACCACAAAGAAAUGUCUCCAGAAGCUUGAUGAUAUUCUUGAAGAAUCUGACAGCAGCUGAUUUGCUGCUUUGUCUCAGCCUCCCACUGCGUAUCAUUCACUAUGCAACCAGCUCUGUCACCAUCCACCUGAUUUACUGCAGUUUCGGAGCCUCCAUGCUUUUUCUCAAUAUGUACGGCAGCAUCUUCUUUAUGGGAUACAUAGCUUUGAACAGGUAUCUGAAGGUGGUCCAUCCUUUAAGAACCUGCUUCCUGCUGACGGUACGUGCUGCAUGCAUAACAUCCACCACCACCUGGCUCCUUCUCCUGGCCGCGAUGAUGGCAUAUUUCAUCCCGCUACUGAAAACCAACCAGCGUGUGAAGUCCGCUGAUUGCAGCUGCGAGGAACUGCACAGUCAGAGUGUCAAGUUGGUCUACAAAGCUGUCCACCUCUGUGCUUUAGUCACCUUCCUGUUGGUGUUCCUGUCAAUGCUGUUCUCCUACUACAGUGCCUACCAUAAGGUGCUGCAGGCUCAGCAGAGACAACCUUACUGCUCAAGCUCCAAGAAGCUUCUGAGAUCUAGAAGGAAAAUGUUAAUGUUGAUAUGCAUCUUUUGCAUUUCCUUCAUUCCUUAUCACAUCGUUCGACUUCCGGUUGCUUUUCAGCAGGAGAGCAACUUGGCCCAGUCAUUUUACUACCCACUGCAGUUAACCACUAUGGUGUCUGUUCUUAAUGUCUGUCUGGACCCGCUUGUUUAUUACAUCUUCAGCAAAGAUUUUCGGGACCAUCUAAGGCUGAGGCUAAGGAAUUCUAGAAUCAUCUCUCAGAAGGUGAAUGAGAACAGGAGGAGAAGUGAACACCAGCAGAGGACAAAGGACAUCAAAGAGGAGGUGUCCUUUAGCACAACUUCAAGAUUAGGAGGGAAUUUAGACUCAGAAAACUGAUGCAAAAAUCAUAAAACUGUGCCGCAUUUAGCCCUUUAAUCAUGAUCCAAAGUAAAGAUUCUUAUAUCAUACUAUAUUUAUAUCAUAUUAAACGUUUCUUUACAUUUGUUUUCUCUAAAAAUUCUGUUUUUCAUUCACAUUGAAUUCAAAGGAACUGCAUUUUUCCUGUCCAGUUUCCAGUAAUA